CCACCAUCAUCUUUGACCCGUCCCGUCUCCACAAACACUUGUCUCUUUCUUUGCUCACCCCUCCAUGGAUUUGGAUCCCCACACCAAUUAGUACUACUCACCACUCCUACUCCUACUCCUCCAGCCAGCCCCCACCUCCAUCCACUUCCGCUGCCAUUGCCCCACGCCCCGGCAGCCGGCUGGACAAUAUCCCGCCGCCGCCGCCGCCGCAACCGCCAUGACGGCCGCCUCCUCCCGGUCCUCCUAGCAACGCAAAGGUUAGGCAGUUGGGAAUUGCUUGGUCAGUCCUCAACUGGGUACUGACUGGGCAGCUGGACUGUACAUCUGUCUGUUUGCUGAUCAACUCUCCAGUUCAUGUCUUCUGAAUCUGCUCCCAAAAGCAUGCCCGAGCAAGCGGCGAAGCCCAAGGAGAUGGGGGAAGAUGGCAGGCAACGGUCUGCUGCUGCUGAGGAGAUUUCGGUGGAGCCGCACGAGCAGCUGGAAUCUCCAGCUUCUGUGUUGGAGAAGGAUACCUCAGGCCUCUCCUCGGAUUCCGGGGAUGUGCCACUAGCCCCGGACGGAGAUUCUGGGGAGCUAAAGGAGAAGAAAGACUCGGAUUCUAAUGAGAAUCCGGAAAAGAAGUCAUCGCAAAAGAGUAGCAUGAGUGAUAGCUUUGCUUCUGCUAAAGUGAGUGAUGGGACAAAUAGUUUGGGUAAGACCAGUGGUAGUGCCAAGACGAGUGGACGGGAUUUCACCGAGAGUGGCAAGAGCAGCAUGUGCCGUGUGAGUGCCAGCAGCGACCUGAGUGACGAGAGCUCCUGCAGCAGCAUGAGCAGUGCCACCACUAAGCCGCACAAAGGGAAUGAUUCGAGGUGGGAGGCCAUCCAAGUGGUCAAAUCCAGGGAAGGUGUUCUUGGUCUCAACCAGUUUAGGCUGCUCAAGAAGCUGGGCUCUGGUGAUAUUGGCAGUGUGUACCUCUCUGAACUGAGUGGAACAAAGAGCCACUUUGCGAUGAAGGUGAUGGACAAAACAUCUCUGGCUAGUCGGAAGAAGCUGCUCCGGGCGCAGACUGAGCGGGAGAUACUGCAGUCCCUGGAUCAUCCAUUUCUACCAACCCUAUAUACUCAUUUUGAGACGGACAAGUUCUCGUGUCUGGUGAUGGAGUUUUGCCCUGGAGGCGACUUGCACACCCUUCGACAAAGGCAGGCUGGAAAACAUUUUUCAGAGCAAGCAGCAAAGUUCUAUGUUGCAGAGGUGCUCCUUGCAUUGGAGUACCUGCAUAUGCUUGGGAUUAUUUACCGUGAUCUGAAGCCUGAAAAUGUCCUGGUUCGGGAGGAUGGCCACAUCAUGCUGACAGAUUUUGACCUCUCUCUUCGUUGUUCAACGAGCCCAACCGUGAUCAGGGGAGCAAACCCUGCCCUGGAUGCUCUGCAGAGGAACAAUGCAGCAUACUGUGUGCAGCCUGCUUGCAUUCAGCCAUCGUGUGUUGUUCCAACCACAUGCUUUGGUCCUCGAUUCUUCUCCAAGUCCAAGUCCAAGUCUAAAUCCAAGAAGGAGAAAUCAAAGCCUGAAGUCGCAAACCAAGUGAACCUAUUCCCUGAGAUGAUCGCUGAGCCAACUGAUGCCCGGUCCAUGUCCUUUGUGGGCACCCACGAGUACUUGGCCCCAGAGAUAGUGAAAGGAGAAGGCCAUGGCAGCGCGGUGGAUUGGUGGACCUUUGGCAUAUUCUUGUAUGAGCUACUCUUUGGCAAGACCCCUUUCAAGGGUUCAGGCAACCGGGCUACGCUUUUCAACGUUGUCGGUCAGCCCUUGCGGUUCCCAGAGUCCCCGCUAGUGAGCUUCUCAGCAAGGGACAUGAUAAGGGGACUACUGGUCAAGGACCCGCAGCACCGGCUCGGGCACAAGCGUGGAGCUACAGAGAUAAAGCAACACCCCUUCUUCGAGGGUGUGAACUGGGCUCUCAUAAGAUGCGCGAGCCCUCCGGACAUACCGAAGCCUGUAGAGCUGGACUGCCGCCCGAAGCAAGCCCCAUCAGCCAAUGGAAAGGUCGCACCGGCUUCUAACCAGAAGGGCUCAGAUAACUACCUAGAGUUUGAGUUCUUCUAGGCCUUUUUCGUGGCACAUGGAAUCGGACGCAGCGCAUUUGAGCUGGCUGGCGCGGCGCAGAAAGAGAAGAAAGAUGUAGAGCUCCUCUUGGCUGGGAAGGUACACUCGUUUGUUGUAGAUUGUAAGAGCUCGUUUCUGGAGCCCCUGCCCUGCCCCAAGUUUCUUUUUUCUUCCAUUGAACUUGUUAGCUCUAGUCAAAUACUCUCUUAUGCAUGUUAAUUGCGAUUUUUCGGAAAACCGCGUAUGGUACUCUUUGAAGGAUUUGAUGAGUACUUGUUCAAGCUGUCAAUGUAACCGCUAUUUGUACCUUGUAACUGAUGUUUCUUCUUCA